CUAUCCCUCUGCUGAAUCAUAACACAUCGAGGAGAGAUAGUGAAUAUUAUUUUUGUUUAGAUUAUUCAAUCUGGGUUCCAACAACACGACCAACACGACUGAUGUCUAUGUCAGACUUUUUGUGCAGUGCAGUAUAGAAAUCUUUGAUAAUUGGCUUUUUAUGUUUUUAUAUCAUAAUAGAUGGUGUUGGUAAACAAACUGAUGACUGUCAAAGUUUGAACGCGAAAAUCAAUGAAAAUAUUGUUUAAAUUAUUGAACUAAUCAAUCAUCGCUAACGUGUUCUCCAGUUCCACUGAAGGUCGAAGAUAUUAGAUCUUUUCCUUAUCUCCAUUAACAGAUUCAUUAUUAUGAUUAGGAUGAGAAUUUUUAAUUGAAAUAUGUUCAAGAGACUGAAGAUUCCUCUUAUUCUUCACCGUUAUUCCCUUAGAUAUCUCGAUGGGGAUUAAUCACAUAUUCACUUGGUAUCAACAAAAAAUUGGCACAUAUGAUAAACAAAAGUGGGAAACCAGAAUAGAGCAAAGGGAGCAGCUGAAAUAUGGUCUGAAUCACAUUAAAACUAGAAGUGCUAAGCCUAAUAAUGAUCUGAUUGAUCUUGAUUUGGUGAGGGGAUCUUCCUUUACCAAAACAAAACCAAAGCAUGGUUUCAUCAAAGUCACCCAGUUAGCUACAUUGAGAUUAAUGUUCCUUCCCUUAUACAGAAAAUGGUGGAUUGAACAAACCUCCAGAUACGUCUUUGGAAUUAGUCUUAUUUUAUAUUUUUUGCAAGUUAUCAAUAUUAUUGUUUGUUUAUUCAAAACUCCAAUUAAUGAUACCAGUCAUGAUGCUUUAUCUUAUAUGGAAAUACUAAUCCCACAGAUAAUGAUGUGGGUCCUAAGUCUCAUACAUUCUCAAAUAGUUGCCACAAGUCCCAAUACAGAAAUGAAGACAGCUCAGUUGAAACACGUACAUUAUAGAAGACGAAAGCAUAUUAGUGAUUUAAAAAAAAGAAGAGUUAAAAAUCAGGAAUCUUCUAGAGUGAAAUCUACUAGAAACGGUAAAGUGCUGCCUAUGGUGGAUAUUUCAGAAGUUGACAGCAAAAGUGGUGUAUCUGAUACGACUAAAACUAUUUCUGACGUUUAUGAGAAGAACUCGGCAGAUAACCACAUAAGGGAUGCAGUUCAUGGGUCUUGUAGUAGUGAUUCUGAUACAGAUGUGAAACCCAACUUGAAACCUAAGAGAAAAUCACUCAGUUCUUCUAGAACAAUUCGUAUCCCCACAAUCAGUAUCAGAGACACUAAUGUAGAUUCGGAUGAUGAAAUUCUGUCGUCUCCUGAGAUUAGACAAAGCGAAGGUCUGAUGGAUGACAUUUUCUCUACAGACUGGAUGGGAGUGACGACAAACAGCGAGGACUGCAGCUACAGUUCUGAUCUGGAAAACAUUUCAGAUAGUGAAGUUGAAAAUGAUAUGGAUUCCUCCAUGUUUGAUACGGAUUCGGCUCCAACUGACAUGCUGACUCCUUCUGCCAACAAAGUGAGUUGCAUAAUAUGGGAAAGAAACGAAAUCAAGAAAGCAGAUUUAUCGAUGCUCGACAUUAGUUCUGCUAUUAUUUGCAAAGUGGACUCGAUGCCAGAGAGUAUGGACUAUUUUUAUUUUGGGAUAGUCCUGUCUACAGCCAUAGCGCUCUUGCCUGUUAUUUGUAGACUAGUGAAUUCUUCCAGCGAGGCUAAUUUAUUGGAUGCACAUAGACUUGUAGAAGAUAUUUAUGCCAAUGUUACCACAUCUGUUAUGAAAGAUCAUGAUUCAGUGGUAGUUUUUUAUCACCACUUGCUGAAGGAGAUUCUACGAAGGUUUGGAAGCUGUUUUUUUUCUGCAUUCGAUGGAGAUUCACGGGAAUAUGUUGUGAUGACGAUAUCUUCUAUUCAACGUUGGAUUUUGGCUUCGACAAUUUUCUUCCUGUUGGCCGUAGCUGAGAAAACUUUUAAACAGAGGUUGCUCUAUGCCAAAUUAUUCUCGCAUUUGACUUCAUCUAGGCGGGCCAAAAAAUCGGAUAUCCCUCAUUUUCGAUUGAACAAAGUUCUGAACAUCAAGACGUGGCUGUCAGUGCGUUCCUAUCUGAAGAAGAGAGGCCCUCAGAGGUCAGUCGAUGUCAUCGUCUCUACAGCCUUCGUAGCUAAUCUUCUGCUGUUGACGUUUCUGUGUGUUGAAGUAUUGAAGGAUACUGUGUUUUUUUCACAAUACUAUUUGGAAGCCCUGAUAUGGUGUAUUGGAUUGGGCAUACUGCUUCUCAGAUUCAUGACUCUUGGAACGAAGAUUAACAAAAAAUAUAGAAACCUGUCUGUACUCAUAACGGAGCAGAUAAAUCUUCAUCUGCAAAUUGAACAGAUAUCACACAAGAAAGAUGAACUGAAUGUUUCUCAGAAGAAAGAAGAACUUAACGUUUCAAAUAACGUUUUGAAACUUGCCAUAGAUUUGCUGAAGGAGUUGGAGAAUCCCUUCAAGAUUUCAGGUCUUUCAGCCAAUCCAAUAUUGUACAAUUGUACAAAAUUGGUAAUCCUUUCAGCACUGUCGGGCGUCCUGUCGGAAAUGCUGGGAUUCAAGUUGAAAUUGCACAAAAUCAAACUCAAGUGAUCCUACUUAUUGAAAUUGUAAUUUUUGUGAUCUAGUAUUUGUUAGUUAAUUUUCUGAUAGUUUAUUUAUGUAUGUAAAUAAAAAGUUUAGACGAGCAA